AAGAAGGUUAAUAACCUUCUCAGACAAUUUCCUCAUCCAGGUAUCUGCCAACUGACAUGUACAGUCAAACCUUGAUUGUCUGCUCCUUGAUAAUCCACACCUGCCUCUUCAUUUCCUGUUCUCUUGGCAUAUGAUGACAGUUUAUGCACAAUUAUAUGAGAAAGUGCUUGAUUUCAUGCACAAAAUUGAUUAAAAGAUGCAUAAAUUAUUCUUAUUUAAGAAUUCAACUUAUUAAUUCCCAGAUAUGUCAUCAACUUGUACAUGUAAUUGCUCCCUAUGAUUCCAAUUUGUUUUUAGAGAACAGACAGUGGCUUAUCAGACAGAGGAUGUCAUCAUAAUAAUUAUAAUACCAAAUCCUUCCCUCUCAUUUACAGGGAAAUAUGUAGUGAUCAGCAAGAGCAUAGAAUUGUUAAUUGGAUCUUAGAAGUUUAAGAGUUAAGGGUCAAUGAUUUAUUGACCAGUGACCAUUAAGUUCAGCAAAUGCCAGCAAACCUAGAAAAUACCAACAACAGUAAUAAUUAUAGAACCAUGCUAACUCAAAACUCUGAAGGUAAAUGAGAGAUGGUUUGAGUCAAUGGGAUUUGAAUUAUCUGGAUUGAUGUUGAAUUUCAAUAAUUGUGUUUAUAACAUGUUUAUAACAAUUAUUACCAUUCUUGCACAAUCAAUGGUCAUUUUUGUAGAUUAAGUUUGUUUUUGAAGGUAGAACUUUCGAUGGAAUGUUUAGUUCAGGAAGUCUAGCUAAAAUGUAUUGGAUUUACGUAGAUGUUAUGAUGUUUGUAUCAAUGGUGAUAAAGGUUGGUACAUGUCAAGUAAUUAUGCUUUGACUCUUUGAUGUUUAUAGACCAAUGUUUUAGUUUAAGUUCACAUUAUCAAUUGAAAGUAAAUUUGAGGUCAAGGAAAAGUAGAAUUAGUUCAAGUUAGCAGGGAGUUUGAGCUAGCCAAGUUUGAGUCAGAGGGUUUGAACUUUAGUGGUAGGAUUUCCUAGUUUCACAAAUAAUCUUGUUUUUGUUUUGUUUUUUCUGAUGCAGUGCAUGAACCCUAGAGGAUUUUUUAAAAUUAUUAUCAUGGCAACAGUGGAAGUGACUACUGGAACAUCAGAGAUGGAGACAUCUACAUCUGCUUCUGCGCCCAAAGUAAAAGUUGUGGCCCCAUGUAAUUCUGAUUCUGGAGCAUCAUCCUCCAGGCUCAAUGAGGGACACCAGGUACAGUUGAGACUGUAUUAAGUGGUCACCCUGUAUGGAGCAGUCAGUGUUCAAAGACAUUUUUAUCCUAUAGUUACAGUAAUUUUCACCUCUAUUAACUAAGUGCCAAGUCUGUUUGUAUCGUUUUCCACCUGUAUUGGAAGGUCACUUAAGGUGGAACCACUAAAAUAAGACAAAAAAUAAUCUUUCAGAUAAAAUUUUUAUCCACAUUUAUCUCCCAGAAUCAAUGUUGGUCCCCUAUAGUAUUUAUUAGCUAUUUUUGUAAUUAAAUGGUCUUUUAUGGCAUAAAAUUACAAUGUUUAUCAUUUCUUUACUAUACUCCUGUCCUGUGGAACCUGUAUUAUUUAAUAAGCAGUCAACCUGUAUUAACCUACUAACUCCCAAGAUCUCAUUUAGUAAUUCUCCUAACUGUCUGACAAACAGUUUUUGUGAUGUUAGUUUGGAGAAUUUGGUAUUGGAUCAACUUAUAAUCCCCUGGCUGAUAUUUUACUUUAUUCUCACCACUUGUCUGCUUGAUAUUGUAUUGAUAUUUUAAGGAGAAAUUAUAUCUUGGUCACUCAUGGGAGUUAAAGGGUAAAGCAGUCACCAUGCCAUUCCCUGUGGGUGACUGUUUAAUACAAGUUUGACUGUAGUUAUCACUUCACAGUGAGGUCUUGUUAUAUGUUAUAUGAUUUGCAACUGUGGAUAACAUUUGAUCAUUUGGUUUUAUGAACUGAACUGAUAAAUAAAUGUAAAUUUGCUGCCAGAAAGAGUUUCUAAAGCAGAAGGUGUAAGCUUCCAAGGAGUGGAGGCUUUUCUCAGAGGAAAUUAAACCAGGACUGAUGCUGGCUCCAAUGUUGUUUCCUCUUUUGUGUAGACCAGACCUUUCACCUUUCAAUGUUGUACAGAGAAUAAUAAGCAUUAAUUUUCUCUCUUUAUCAUGUGCCUCAGAAUUCCCUUGCUGGAAGACAGCAACGACAACAGCGAGUCUACAACAUGAUGAAAGACCUUCAGCAAAAGCAUUUAGCCAAUAUGAUACAAGGCAAAAUAACCGAUCAGGAAAAUUCUGAUCUGUCUGAGUCGCAGAGCAUCUGCCGUAUUUGCCAUUCUUCAGGGGAAGAACCCCUCAUAACUCCAUGCUACUGUUCAGGCUCGGCAAAACAUGUGCAUGCAUCAUGUCUGUUGACAUGGUUUAAAAAAGAAGUGAAGAAUACCUGUGAAUUGUGCCGGCAUAAAGUGGAUAUCAAGAAAAAGGGAAAGCCAUAUGCAGAGGUAAUUUUUGAUUUUAAGCCCUUUUCUAUUUAGGCAUAUUGUUACCACUGAUCUUCAUUUUGCCAUCCUUAACAUUUUUGUUUUCAUUGUCAGAAUUAUCAUCAUCGUAGUUACUAUCGUUGUCAUCAUCAUUAUUGCUGUUAUCAUUGUCUUCAUCAUCAUCACCACCUUUGUUAUCUUUGCUAUACCCCUCCCCUUUCUCUUCUACUCUUUCCUCCCCUUCCCAAUACUCUUUGAACUUUUGUCCUUCUUUUUUCCUAUGUGCUUGUUUGGAAAUAGAGCAAACAAAGGAGCUUGAUAGAAUUAGGAUUUUCUUUUAUUACUGAAUAAAAUAGGGGAAGCAUGACAGUGGGCCACUGACAAUAUUGAAUUUCUUUAAAACCAAACUUAGAGCCAUAUCCUCAUGCUCUUUCUAAACCCAAUUUGUUUGGUGCGAGAGUAUCCUCAUACUCUUUCUAAACCCAAUUUGUUUGGCAUGAGAGUAUCCUAAGACUCUUUCUAAACCCAAUUUGUUUGGCAUGAGAUAAAGAAUUCCUUACAACUAAUUUCAGAUGUGUAUGUCUUAACCCUUUGCUUCCUAGAAGUGAUUAACAUGUAACUUCUCCUUUUCAUAUCCAUGCAUUAUCCAGCUUUAAUGAAAAUACCUCUCAGUUUUUAUCUUGUUCUAACAUCAAAUAAAUUCUCAAAACUUAUGUAGAGAGAAAUGUAGCUAGAGGGAAGAAUUAGCAAUGAGAUCCUGGAGAGAAAAGGGAUAAAAGCCUCAGAAAACAGUUGUUGCUGAUAUAUGCACUUCUAGUCAAAAGUAAUUUAGCAAUUUCACUUCUAGUUCCAUUAUUUCAAGGCUAACUUUGUUUCUCUUCUUUAACCUUAGUGGCGCAGACCAGAAGAUAAGCCAACACCAAUAAUCUGGUUCACUGUAUUUGUUGUGGGACUUUUCCUUAAUGUCUUCUCCAUCUCUGUGAGUGCUUCUGAACUUUGCACCUCAACAGCUUGUGUGAUAUUCUACGUAGUGAAUGGAUUUGGGAUCAUUCUUGAUGCUGCUCUUCUUUACUGUUGGUGGACAAAAUGUCUGUUUUAUUGGCGGAAAUGGUGCGCACUUAAUCAGGAAUGGUCUAUUGUGGUCGGUAAUGGGCAGACUGCUCCACAGCGAUGCAGCCGGGAAGAAAGAAGCAGUGGAAGGACUAUACAAAUUCCUCAUAUAGUUUGAACUGCAGUCCUUUUGUGCACAAGUUGCUUUGCUAAUAACCAGUUUGCCAACAUCUUAGGUUGUUUCAACUCUUCAGUUGAUUAGAAGUUGAUCAGGUUCUGUCAAUGAAAUUGUUAAACAUUUUGUAAUACAUUAGCAAAAUGACUGAUGGGACUUACGCAAAAUUCCCUUUGAUGUUGGUGCAACAACCUUAGAUGUUAGGGAACUGGUUGUUAAAAAAAAAAUUGUAGGUGAAACAACCAGUUACCCAAUGUAAAACUGCAACUACUUCUUAGAAAUGGGUAUGAAAGCCCUGUUAUUCAAAUUAAUAUAGUUAAUUAAUAUAUUGUAUUAUAGGUAUUAAGUUUGAAAGUUGUGAAAAUUGUAAGUGACAGAUUCACAUGUACAUGUACACAGUAUUGAAUAUUUGUUAACUUGUAAGAGAAACUUGAUUAAAAAUAGGGUCAAGCAAUUUUCAAUUGUGUGUUAACUUAACCUUUAACUCCCAGAUCAAAUUUGUAAUUCUCCUUAAUCCUUUAACCCCUAAGAGUGACUAGCAUCUAAUUUCUCCUUACAAUAUCACC